AUGAAGCUCAUUAUUCCCACUGUUAUUAUUACCCUCCUCUCGACCCUGGGCUCGGCUUGCUCCAGCUACGAAUUCUGUCGCUGCCACAAUGCCGACACUAGCGUCAACAUACCCGCCACAGAAAAAUCUUGCAAAAACCUCGGGGGGAGCAUGGUCACCACCAAUUUUGGUAGAUACUGCUCUGGCUAUGUUGCAAAUGCCGGUAUUGGCGGGGUUCAACCUGUUUUCUUAAACAACUGCAGGUUUAGGGUGCAGUGCAACGCCAACGGAGCUCCCCUUGACUCGAACUGCUACGCAAAGGCAUAG